AGAAAAUCCAAUACACCAGAAACGACGCUUCGUUUGCAACUGCAGCCGAAGUUAGGAAACGCCUUGAAAGGAAAAUUGAAGAACUCUUCGGGAUCUAUGCUGAGGAGAACAACAACUUGGCGAUGAACGAGCGCGUCGAAAUCAAUGAGACCAGCAAGAAGGCAUAUGAGUUUUACAAAAAUAAAAUGGAUUCGAAAAUCGAAUCCCAGCGAAGAUCUCUUGAAGAUUCUCUUCUAACCAGCUAUCAUUCAGUGUCAAAAAGCGAAGCUAUUGCAGCUUACGACAAGAAAAUCCAAUACACCAGAAACGACGCUUCGUUUGCCACUGCAGCCGAAGUUAGGAAAAGCCUUGAAAGGAAUAUUGAAGAACUCUUCGGGACCUAUGUUGAGGAGAACAACAACAUGGCGAUGGACGAGCGCUUCGAAAUCGAUGAGACCAGCAAGAGGGCAUAUGAGCAUUACAAAAGUAAAAUGGAUUCAAAAAUCGAACCCCAGCGAAGAUCUCUUGAAGAUUCUCUUCUAAACCACUGUCACUCAGAGUCAAAAAGAGAAGCUAUUGCAGCUUACGAGAAGAAAGACCAAUACACCAGAAACAACGCUUCGUUUGCGAUUGCAGCUGAAGCUAGGGAACGCCUUGAAAGGAUGAUUGAAGAACUCUUCGGGACCUAUGCUGAGGAGAACAACAACAUGGCGAUGGAUGAGCGUGUCGAAAUCGAUGAGACCAGCAGGAAGGCAUAUGAGCUUAACAGAAGUAAAAUGGAUUCAAAAAUCGAAUCCCAACGAAGAUCUCUUGAAGAUUCUCUUCUGAACAGCUGUCACUUAGAGUCAAAAUGCGAAGCUAUUGCAGCUUACGACAAGAUAAACCAAUACACCAGAGACGACGCUUCGUUUGUAAUUGCCGCUGAAGCUAGGGAAAGCCUUGAAAAGCAUUGUAGUGCCUGA